AUGCCGCCGCGCUGCCGUGGGUCGUUCGGUUUCCGCUGCGUCCGAGCGCGUCCCAACAGCAGGUUCUAUGCGGAGCUUCGCGUCGGCGGCUUCCGCCUCACCCUCGGCACCUAUGGCUCGCCGGAGCUGGCAGCGCGUUCUUACGACACGGCCGCGUGGCGAUUUCGGCGGCCACGGUGCGACUUCAAAUUCCCGGACGUCGAGUCCCUAGAGGAGGCGGAGUUCCUCGCGCCAGCGCCGUGUCUCGUCGACAACGAGGACCGUCGCCGCCACCGCCAGGCGCAAUGCCGGAUCGCCAUUGCCGAGCGUGACGUGGAGCUGAUGCGCUAG